AUGCGUCAAACUGAACGCGGAGACACUGGAAAGUACACGUUGAAGGCACAAAAUGAGAAUGGAACCGAUUCGGCUACGUGCAAUGUGACCGUCAUCGACAAACCAUCCCACCCCAAGGCCCGCGAGGAUGAUGGAGGAGUUCCAUUGGAAAAUUAUCUCGUCGAGAAAUUCGACACAGCCACUCACAGCAGAUGGGUACCGGCGUUGAAGGUACCCGCCAGGCAAGCAGCCGCCAAUGUGGAUGGACUUCUUGAAGGUCAUGAAUACAAAUUCCGCGUUUCUGCAGUAAACUCUGAAGGAGAAUCCGGCUCCAUUAGAGACAUUUUCUCCGGUAGUCGC